CUGAGUUAAUUUUUAAUUAAAAAUCCCACUACUAGAGAGAGCUUCAAAAUCCGCACAGAUCUCUCUGUUUCGGAGCAGCUUCACACGCUCCAAGCUCAUCACCGAUCGAUUCUUCCAAUGCUCCUCCUCCUCUUCUAAACCAUCUAGCAAAACUCUCGCAUCACUCAUGGGUUUGCUUUCAAACCCUACCCGUUUGGUUCUCAUCUCCACCAUUUUCUGCUUCAUCUUCGUCUCUUCCAUCUCCGCUCAGGAUUCGGUGGUUGAGAAUGAGAGACAAGAAUCAGAAGGAUCUGGUAAAGAGCUUGGUCGUCGUGGAAUGGUAAAUUUUUUAAAUCUCGAUCUGUUUUUUUUUUUUACUGGCCCUGGUGUAUUUGAUGCUUUGUUUUCCAGUUUCUCCAUGAUACUUGUGACCGAGAUUGGGGAUGAAACGUUUAUUAUAGCGGCGUUGAUGGCUAUGCGACAUCCUAAAGCUACUGUUUUAUCGGGUGCACUUUCUGCUUUGUUUGUUAUGACUAUUCUUUCCACUGGACUUGGUAGAAUAGUGCCAAACUUGAUAUCAAGGAAGCACACCAACAGCGCUGCUACAGUUCUCUAUGCAUUUUUUGGUUUGCGAUUACUCUACAUUGCUUGGAGGUCUACUGAUUCAAAGUCAAAUCAGAAGAAGGAAAUGGAGGAAGUUGAAGAGAAGCUUGAGUCAGGCCAAGGAAAGACACCUUUCCGUCGCUUAUUCUCAAGAUUUUGUACCCCAAUAUUUCUAGAGUCUUUCAUCUUAACUUUUCUAGCUGAAUGGGGCGACCGUAGCCAGAUUGCUACAAUAGCUUUGGCGACUCACAAGAACGCCAUAGGAGUGGCCAUUGGGGCAACAAUUGGACACACGAUGUGUACUUCACUAGCGGUUGUUGGAGGAAGCAUGCUGGCUUCAAGGAUCUCGCAACGCACAGUUGCAACUGUUGGAGGCCUCCUCUUCCUCGGAUUUUCAGUGUCGUCCUAUUUUUAUCCUCCACUAUAGUAAUUAUGCUUUUUUCUGAAAUGGGUGUUAGAGACAUUGUCCAAGUAAAGUUUGUCUGUUUUUUUUUUAAAAUUAAGUUUGAUUUUUGUUUGAUUUCAAUGGCAAAAGUAACAAAUCCAACGUCAAUGCGUUUACAUA